CCCGUAUUCCGGCGUGUGGCGACAGGAGGCCAUGACGUCGGGUGUUUUCUGGCUCCGUGUGAAAUUUCUCACAUCGCGACUCCCCUGGACAUGCUGGACUCCAGCACGAAGCUAAGCGACCGGUUUCUGGGUUGUGGCAGCGAGCGAUAGGAGAGUUUACACUCUGUAAUAGAGCGUUACGGUGUGAAUAAAUACGACGAAUUCGGGUGGCGUGUGUGUGAGACAGAUGAUGAUGAUGAUGAUGAUGUUGUUGUAGAUGUAGAUGUAGAUGUAGGCUAACGUUACUGACUGGACUGUCAACAGCGCUCGUGCUCACUCUGUGUUACACAGCGGAGAAGUUAGAGAGGCACUUUAACGGAUCUGCAUCCUAUUAUAAGGUAUUGAGGUGGGGAAAGCACGGCUGUGGCGUCGUGACUCGUCGUGUAGAGAGGAAUAUAUAUCGAGCCUGAGGGAGCUGCUUGUGUGUUUCUCAACAACUCGCUGCUUCGAAGAGGAUCUCCGAGUGUCUGCUGUGAGGGAGAGAUGGUGAACUAGCUGCAUGGCGGAGCAGAGGGCCUUCACGGCCAUACUCUUUCCCUCUCUGGAUUUUCUACAGCUAGCCUACAGGCGGUGGCCUCCCAGCUAACUGGCCUCGCUAGCUCCGCGUUUUCCUGCUGGACUCUCGCUGGAGAAACACUCGGGCGCCAUGGCGUGGGUGCUGAAGAUGGACGACGCCACGAUCGAGUCGGGACUCGUCCACGACUUUGACGCCAGUCUGUCCGGAAUCGGGCAGGAGCUCGGAGCCGGAGCUUACAGCAUGAGUGAUGUGCUGGCUCUGCCCAUCUUUAAGCAGGAGGACGGGAAUGCCUCAGUGGAGUCUGAGAGUAAGAAUCCUCCGUUUCAGUAUGUGCUGUGUGCUGCUACCUCCCCAGCUGUUAAACUGCAGGAGGAGACUCUCACCUACCUAAACCAAGGCCAGUCUUACGAGAUCCGUCUGCUAGAUAACAGGAAGAGGGGAGAAAUGCCAGAACUCAACAACAAGACUGUGAAGAGUAUAGUGAGAGUUUUGUUUCAUGACCGGAGACUGCAGUAUAUGGAGCAUCAGCAGCUGGAAGGCUGGAAGUGGAAUCGCCCUGGAGAUCGUCUCCUUGACAUCGAUAUCCCUAUGUGUGUGGGUAUUACUGAACCCCACACCCACGCCUCCCAGCUUAAUGCCGUUGAGUUCGUGUGGGACGUUUCCAAACGCGCGUCUGUAUUCGUACAGGUGCAUUGCAUAAGCACAGAGUUCACGCCAAGGAAGCAUGGCGGAGAGAAGGGCGUAUCGUUCCGCAUCCAGAUCGACACCUUCAGACAGACGGAGAACGGAGAGUACACCCAGCACCUGCACUCCGCCAGCUGCCAGAUCAAAGUGUUUAAGCCGAAGGGAGCAGACCGGAAGCAAAAGACAGACAGAGAGAAGAUGGAAAAAAGGAGUGCACAGGAGAAAGAGAAAUACCAGCCCUCCUAUGAUACUACUAUUCUCUCAGAGACUCGUCUGGAGCCAGUGAUAGAGGAGGCUGUGGAGCACGAGCUAAAGAAGUCGAGUAAGCGGACGCUCCCUGCAGACUGUGGAGACUCAACAGCCAAGAGCAAGAGAGGCAGUUGUUCUCCUUGGCCUGAUAACGCUUAUGUGAACCCAAAUACAGCAGCACCCCCAACCUUCACCUCCAACACACACUCCUACAGUAACGCUGUUCCCGAAAGUGAAUCAUCUUCACCCAAGCACCAAGUAGAGUGUAGUCAGGUCUUCAUGGAGUCAUUAAGCCCGACAGCUUCCAUGCAGGACGUACAGCAGUGGCUUCUAAAGAACAGGUUUAACUCCUAUACCCGUGUUUUUACACAUUUCUCAGGUUCUGAUCUACUGAAACUGACUCGUGAAGAUUUAGUGCAGAUCUGUGGGCCAGCCGAUGGGAUCCGUCUGUACAACGCGCUAAAAUCGAAGGCUGUUCGACCUCGGCUGAUUGUGUACGUGUGUCAGGAGUGUGAGAGUCCCCUGCUGGAGAGACGCUGCCACAGCAAGAACGGAGAACACGGCAGUCCCACAGCCAUAAACGUUUACCAUGCGCUUUACCUCGAAGAGCUGACCGCUCAUGAGCUGACCAGAAAAAUAUCCAACGUAUUGAGCCUGCCGCUAACCCUCAUCAAUCAAGUGUACAGGCAGGGGCCUACAGGAAUACACAUACUGCUCAGUGAUCAGAUGGUGUCUAACUUUUCUGAUGAGAGUUGCUUCGUUGUCAGUUUGUUGAAAGAUGACACCAGUGACAGAUUCCAUCUGGUUCUCAAGUAGAGGCAUUGUGAAGACGAGUUGCUGACAUCACUGAUGUUCCUCACUGCCGUUCCCGAGCACUGAACAUGCUCCCUCCAUCCUUCUCUUUCUCCCUCCCUCUAUCUCUCUCUCCAUAUCUACUGUGAGAGAGAUAGAGCAGAGGUUGGUCAAGGCCGCCUACCUGUUAGAAUCUGACUUCGGUGUAUACAUUGUUUCAUAUUGAAAACACUUUAACUGAUGAAAUUUUGUGUGUGAACAGGAGGGACAGCUCUGAAGCAUUUGUGUGUUAUAAAGAUGUAGCGGGAGGGAUGGAAGGAUGGAUUGAAAAGAGAAAAAAAAAAAACAGAGCAGGGUUUUCUUGCACAGUCCUGAAUGAUGGGACAGUCAUGAACUCGGUCAUGAAGCUGCCCUCAGUUUUACGGUUCGGUGAUCACACCAUCUCCACUUGAAUAGUUUACCGUGUGUAAUAGUGCCUGUGCUUGUUUGAUCGCCUAUGUACAUGUCUGUCAAAAAAGGACUGCACUUUUUUUCUUUUCUUUUUUUUAUCAUACUUUUCUAUUGUGAUUUUUGUUUGCUUCUGUUUUGUUUUUUCUUGACACCUUUGUGUCUGCACCGAUGAAGUGAUUCCUGUGUGUAUGAUCACCUGUAGCUUGUUGUGAGGUAUAGAGCUUGGGCAGUGUGUUUUCAUGCAUAAAGCUUCCUUACAUACAGUAAAUUAUGAUGCUGUCUGUCUGCUUCUACCGAGACCAAUCAUCUCUUGGUGCCAAAAUACUCGACUGUGUUUACUCGACUGUGUAAGACGGCUUCAGAUGACUGGUGGCGUUUAGUUUGUACCUUUUUGUUAGUUGACCAGCAACAUUUUAAAUUAAUUGUACUUCUUCUUUGCUCUAGUUAUGAUUUGUUAGAAAAGGCAACAUGUAUUUUGUCAUUUAUUGUCUUUUUUCCCCCCCUUUUCGUUCCCUUAUUUGAGACUGAUGUGGUUGGUUGGCUUAGUAGCUCUGCAUUGGGCAACUUUGGCAUGUACUGUGCAUAUUUUUUACCACUAAGCAUGGAGGGCAGGAACGUUACCCUCUUUUAAUUCUAAGAGAAAUGACCAAGUCUGCACUGACGUGAACAUACAGGAGCUCCACUCUGCUGUAUAUGCUGGUGUUCAACGCUGUUCAGAAUAAAGGUGUAGGCCGUGUGCACCCAUCCUUCACACUCCUCCGAAAGGCAGCAAAUAAAACGUGGUGAUUACUCAGCACUCUCAUCCUCUGUGGAUCAUAUGGACUGUCUUGUGUAUUUCCAUGAGAACAGUUAUGGUACUUCCAUAUCACUGUGUCUUUAAGGAAGCCUGUCAUGUAUUGUAAGAUGCUGGGAUGUACACACUUCAUGCCUGUACCAGAAAUAAAGUAAUUUUAAUAUA